GAGCAGCAGCCGAGAGCAGACAAGGGAUCAGGGAUCAGGGAUCUGGGAUCUGGGAUCUUAUCUGGGAUCAGGGAUCAGGGAUCUGCCUGGGCGAUAAGAGAGGGGGAAUCUGUCCCAGAACACAGGGAGUUUCUGCGGGUUUCCUCAUGUUCGGAGCAGCGCAGAGCCGCCCAGCACGCCCUCAUACGCGGAUGUAGGAUGGACCUGUGCCCCGCCAGCAGCCCGAGGGCGGCCAGCAUCGUCCUGCACAGCGCGAUGAUGAAGAAGGAGAUCAGCCUGAACCUGGACGAGCAGAGCUCCGAGCUCAAGUCCGGUCCGGACGGGCUGCUGGGCUCCCCGGACCUGGGGCUGCUGAAGCUCACGUCCCCGGACCUGGAGCGGCUCAUCAUCCAGUCCAGCGGCGGGGUCGGCGGGGUUCACCCCAGCACCCCCGCACACUUCUUCUACCCCAAGUCCGGCAGCGACGAGCAGGAGUUCGCGGAGGGCUUCGUGAAGGCGCUGGAGGACCUGCACAAGCAGAACCAGCUGAGCGACGCGGGCCCCGGGGGGGUUCCCGGGGGCCCCGGGGGCCCCGGGCUGCACCCCGCAGACCUGCCCGUCUACACCACCCUCAACGGCUACGCGGCCAGCCCGCUGGGGGCCACCACCAGCCCGCUGCACGGGGCCACCACCCUCAACUACUCCACGGACACCAUCCCCUUCCCACCGCCGCCGCCGCCGCACCUGAGCGGCGCGCAGGCGCAGUCGCAGGCGCAGACGUUGGCCGCCGCAGCCGCGCUGUCGCGGCUGCAGGCGGCGGCCAACGCCGUGAAGGACGAGCCGCAGACGGUGCCCGACAUGCAGAGCUUCGGGGAGAGCCCCCCGCUGUCCCCCAUCGACAUGGACAACCAGGAGCGCAUCAAGGCGGAGAGGAAGAAGCUGCGCAACCGGAUAGCCGCGUCCAAGUGCCGCAAGAGGAAGCUGGAGCGCAUCUCGCGGCUGGAGGACAAGGUGAAGUCCCUGAAGACGCAGAACACCGAGCUGGCGUCCACGGCCAGCGUGCUGCGGGAGCAGGUGGCCCAGCUCAAGCAGAAGGUGAUGAACCAUGUCAGCAGCGGCUGCCAGCUGCUGCCCAGCCAGGUCCAGGCGUACUAACUAACCCCGGACCGGACUGACGAACUCACAGCGCUGAAUGUGCAGUCUUGUGCCGCGUUCCAUUUGUCCUCGGAAGUGGGAAUUUCCUAGUUCCUAGUCGGUUUUUUCAACUGGAACGCCCCUCGAAGUGGGAUUUCCCACUGGGAAAGUGGGAGAGUCUUCACCACCCCCGAGUUACCAUUCCGAGAUGGCUGCCCCGGUUGUAAACAGUAGAAGAGAGCUCUGUAAAAAUUCGUACUAGCACUUCUUUCUAGUUUUGGUCACACUAAAUCAGUCAUAUACAAGUAUUGUUCAGCAUAUAUAUGCUGCUAUAGUGUACUUCACAUUUUUCAUGUGGUAUAUGAGAACUACAAACUUGUUUUCCGACUUUGUAACUGGAAAGCUGAUAACUCGGCUGUGACGUCAUUCCCAGGUCCGAGUUCCGACUUCCGAGGUAAAUGGAACGCAGCAUUGCAGUAAAAACAGUAUUAUGCAUUGAGCCUGAUUUAUGGUUCCGCGUUAAAUCGACGGCGUACGGCAUACGUCGCCGCGUACCUUACGCCGUAGGCUCUGCGUUGGUGUAACGCGGAGCCAUAAAUCAGCCUUUAUAGGGAACAUGUAUCUUCUGUAACGGGGAAAUCCUCCACGGGACCAAAGACGGUGACAUCGUGAAUUGUUUAUGUUGUUGACUGUGCCUGAGAUGCAAAACUAAACUUUUGAACGUCACGGACUCUGAUGAAAAGCUGCAAGUCGAGGGAAAAAGGAGGCAAACGUGGAACUCAGCCCGCUUUGACUCGUGGAAAUCUUGCAGUGCGUUUUUUCUUUUUCUUUUUUUUUUUUGCAGGAGACACGACUGACUUUGUUCCAGUUUUGCUGAAGCCAUGUAGCAACCCGCUAUCCGAUUAUUUAGGAUGGCUAAAGUUGGACAAUCUCAACGAGGAUGCAACCAAACUCCAAGUGAUGUCACUCACGACAUAAUGUAACGCCUUAAAUGUUUACAUCCAUUUAAUAACAACGGUUUUAUUCACUGAAACAUGCAUCGUCUUAGUAACUUUGAUUCCUUUCUCUUCUCUCACUCCCAACACUGUCCCGUCCCUCCUUGUUUUCCACGACGGUGGCUGCUGCUUUGUUCUUUACUCUCCAAACGUCCAUAACUAUAUAAAUCUAUAUGUAUUGAGAAACCUGUAUUCAUGUGUGGUGGACAUGUCGCUCAUGUCUCUCUCAGACAUUUAUUAAAGUCACUACAUUAUUUAA